CUGACGUUCAUACAUACUUGGGGACCGGAACUCGGAUUCCUAACGCAUAUAUACACUCCUUGGGGACAUACGCCUGCGUACAGACACUCUCCCUCCGCGACUGCCUCACGCUACGACCACCAUGGGCCGACCCACAACGUCAUCGUUGCCGGAAGGCGCACCUCAGGACAGUUUGACCGUUCGCGACAACCGCACUGGCAAAGUGUAUACCAUUCCUAUCGAGGACAAUGCGAUCUCCGCGACGGCCUUCAAGUCCAUGACUUCUCCGCGGAAGCCGGGCGAGCGUGAAGAGAACGAGACGGAGAAGGGUCUGCGUGUGCAGGACAAGGGCUUCCUGAACACCGCCGUCAUUCGCAGCGAGAUCACGUACAUUGAUGGCGAGGCCGGCGUCCUCCGCUAUAGAGGAUACCCCAUUGAGCAGCUCGCACUCAAGUCAUCGCACUUGGAAACCGCGUACCUUCUCAUCUAUGGCUCCCUGCCGACCAAGGAGCAGCACCGCUUCUUUGAGAGUGAAGUGAUGCGGCACUCCGUCAUGCAUGCGGAUUCAGAAGGCUUCUUCAGGUCCUUCCGCUACGAUGCGCAUCCUAUGAGCAUGUUGACGAGUGCAUUCGCAAUGCUUGGCUCAUACUACAGCGAAGCCAACCCUUCUCUGCAAGGCCAACGUCUCUAUACCAAGGGAGAUGCCGCGUCGCUUGCGACCAUGGACAGGCAAAUAUACCGUCUCAUUGGGAAGUCCAUCACUCUCGCAGCGAUGGCUUACCGUGUCCGUCAAGGACGCAAUUUCGUCACCCCCCCUACCGGUCUGAGCUACACGGGUUCCUUCUUAUACCAAAUGGACCACUUGGGUGAAGAGAACUACACUCCAAACCCGGUUCUGGAGAAGGCACUUGAUGUGCUGUUCCUCAUCCAUGCUGACCACGAGCUGAACGCGUCUUGCACAACCGUGCUGCAGACAGGCAGUUCGCUCGUAGACCCUUACUCCGCCAUUGCUGCGGGAUGUGCUUCAUUAUACGGCCCUCUGCAUGGUGGCGCGAACGAGGCCGUUAUCCGCAUGCUCAUAUCUAUCGGAAGCCCGGAAAACGUACCAGCGUUCAUUGAAGCAGUCAAGAAGCGCGAAAAGACGCUGUCUGGGUUCGGUCAUCGCGUUUACAAGACCUCAGAUCCACGAUCCUUCAUCGUCCGGAAAACCGCGGACGAAGUGUUCAAGGUCACUGGCAAGGAUGCGCUCCUCGAGACGGCGAUGGCGCUUCACGACGCCGCGAUGAAAGACGAGUACUUCAUCAAGCGGAAGCUCGCGCCCAACGUGGAUUUCUGGAGCGGCCUCAUCUACCGCGCGAUGGGCUUCCCACUGGACUUCUUCCCGGUGCUUUUUGCGGUCCCCCGUGUGGUGGGCUGGCUCGCACACUGGCGGCAAAUGAUGCUGCAGGAGGGCGGCGUCAAGAUCUGGCGCCCGCGGCAGGUUUACGUUGGCUCGGGAAAACGCGACUACGUCCCCGCGGAGGAGCGUGUUGCGGUGGAGGGGCUGCGACAGACGCCGUCGAAGGUCGAGCACGGAGGGAUCACGAAGCGUACGAUGUUGGCGACGUUCAAGGAGAGAAGCAAGCUGUAGUCGUAUGUAGUUGGUACAUCGUAUGUUCGUCGUGUACGGGCAUUGUGCCCGUGUUGCUCGUGCGCUGGCAUGGAUGGUCUUGGAAAAUCAAUAUGGAUCGGAUGUGCGGCUUGGCAC